GCGACACCUGGCCAUCUUUCUGUUUCAAGUACUUGAACUUCAUCUCGAGCAUGUUCCCGACUGCUAGGGAUCUGCACGAGUGGGCCCAGAGCCACGAAGACACGAUCAAGACCAUCGAGGAGGCGCUUGCGAUCGACCCGGACGCAGAGCGCAUCCAGAACCAGCUGCAUGCCGCACUGGCGCAGCUGGUGGAAGGUGAGUCCGAAGAGAUCGCGCGCAACUGCGAGAGCCACAGGUUCCGCGGGUUCGAGAGCUGGAGGAGGCUGGUCAGGCGUUGGGACCCCAUGAACUUGGGGCGCAAACGGUCCAUCCUACUACGUGUCCUGAAUCAGCCCGAACACAAGCUAGAGUACUUGAGAGGAGCCAUCGAGGCAUGGGCACAGUAUAUCACUCGAUAUCAGCAGAGGGCCAAGAAAACAAUCGACGAAGACAUCAAGACCGCCGUCUUGAUUUCGAUGUGCCCGAACCCACUGAAGCAGCACUUGCAGUUGAAGCAGGACCGGUUCGACUUCUACGAUGAGGUCCUGAACGAGAUCACCCAGUAUCUCGAAACGCGCCGCGUCGUCCAGCAUGACAAUCCCGCGCCGAUGGACGUCGGCAGCCUGCAGAAGGGCUCCGGCAAGGGCCGCGGCAAGGGCAAAGGCAAGGGCAAGGGCAAGGACGCGGGCAAGGCGUCUGGCGCCAAGGGCAAGCAGCCUUUCCAGGGCUACUGCGGCAAGUGUUGGGAGUGGGGCCACAUGGCCAGAGACUGCGCGAACGGCAGCGGCAAGGGCCGCGACUCCGCCGACAAGGGCAGCAAAGGCGGCAAGUCCAAGAAGGGCGGCAAGAAGGGGCUCAACGGCAUGGAGGUGUCUGAGGAGCACGAGAACCAGCCAGGGCCGGAGGUGGGGGGCCUCGAGCCCUGCGCGGUAAAGAAGAUCGACCAGGGCGCCGGGCCGCUCGACGACCUGUUCCAGGCCGCCUUCGAGAGCUUGGACGGCAUCUUCGGCUGCGCGGUUAGCCCCACCCCGGAACAGCUUGCAGUCAGCGCGGGACGCCCCGCCGACGUGCCAAAGAGACUCUACACGCCGAAGUACGACCAGGAAUACGAGGUGAUCUUGGCUGCCGUGGACAGCGGCGCCCGCGUUACCAUCAUGCCAGAGGAGAUGCGCAGCGACCACCCGGUCGACCCAGACGGGGGCGGCAUCGAGUACAAUGCGGCAGGAGGCCAAACUGUCACUGACAAAGGCCAGAGGAAGUUGCAGGUGUUAACGGAGGAGUGGCAGCAACGUUCCCUGAAGAGCCGGGUCGGGCCAGUCCGUCGCAUGUGGCUUGUUGCCAGUGGUCUUGUGGAUCACGGGGGCCGCGUGGUUCUCCAGAAGAACGGCAGCUACGUGGGGCACAUCGGCGCGAAACAGCGGGCCCCCUUGAGCCGAGCCAACGGGAUCUUCCUCAUGAAGCUGUGGGUAAAGAAACGCAAAACGCCUAAACAGGGAGGCGUUGAAUGUGCAGCGACCCCCAUGGAGAUCGACCAUAUGAUCGCGGCGCUCCAGAAGCUGCAGGCCGCCGGGGGCGCGCAGGUGCCCUCGAGGAGCGUCGUCGAAUCGAGGGUAGCUGAGUCGAUGGGUUUCUUCCGGCAG